UAGAACAAAAAUUAACAAUAAACUGCGAUAAAAGCAACAACAAGCGGGAAAAGUUUCUUUAUUUUGUACGGCACCACGCCCCCUGCUCAUUUUGAGCGACACCAGAAGGCAAAUCAAGAAGGACAAUGAAGGCGUCGCGGCUCGCGGCCCCAUCCUGCCGCCGCCACGCUCCCUCAUCCUCAGGCGCCCAUCUGCAGGAGUAGAAGCGGCGCGGCGGAUGGACGGCGCGUGUUGAGCAACUGCCGACUGUCGCCGACUGUUGCGCUCGCUCGAGUGCCGAAAACUGCUGGAUUCCAAUCGAAAUCGAACCGGGUGCUGGCUUCUCACCCUUUGCCACAGAGGCUCUGAAAUGAAGCGGAGCUCUGGGAGGGAACUCCGACUUGCCGACUUGAAGAGUGAGAGCAACAGGAAGAAGAACCAAUAUGACGACGAACUUUGGCCGACUGGUUGUUUGCAUUGCAGAUUGCAAUUACUGGAGUUUUAAAUUUCACGGAGCCAAAGGUAAAGCCCAACUGCUGCGAGGACGAGACGUCAUCAUUAUGGACCCGACUUUAAUGAGCUGCCCUUCAAGAGGGACGCGCCGUGUGAAGUGACCAUGAAAUUGAAAGACAUGUCGGGGGCCACAGUCUCUGAGCUUCUUGGCACAACAAUGACAUUGCCCCUGGCUCUGGCAGGCACACCAGCAACAUCGGCAUCCACCAGCAGCAGGCUGGGCAAAUCGAUAGCGGCACUUGCCACAGGUAGUGCCGCAGCCCUAAAUGCCACCGUUGCAACAACAGCAGCGACAACAACCAGAGCCGCCACCACUAAUGGCAACCCACUGCUGGCAGCAGCAACAUCAACAUUAGCCACCACCCUGCCACCUGCAACGGCAACGACAGCGACAACAGCUGCAGUUGCAACAUCGAGUUUGCCUACAACACUGCAAUUUUUAGAUGCCUCGUUGACUUCGCUAUCGUUAACAGCCACAUCAUCGGCGUCGUCCACGUCCUUUGCGUCCUCCGAGAGUCCGUUUGAUUUUCUUGCCACAAACACAACAGCACAAGCCAUUGCCAACGACAACACUAGCCACAUUCUCGAAGAGGGGCUCGAUCUGGACGAGGAAAGCUGGCUGGAUGUAUCCCUGCUGGUGCUCAAAGGAUUCAUCUUCUCGUCAAUCAUCCUGGCGGCUGUCCUGGGCAACGCACUGGUCAUCAUAUCUGUGCAGAGAAAUCGCAAGUUGCGGGUGAUAACCAAUUACUUUGUCGUCUCGUUGGCCAUGGCCGACAUGCUGGUGGCCCUCUGCGCGAUGACAUUCAACGCCUCCGUGGAGUUGUCCGGCGGAAAGUGGAUGUUCGGCCCGUUCAUGUGCAACGUGUACAACAGUUUGGAUGUUUACUUUUCCACGGCGAGCAUCCUGCACCUCUGCUGCAUUUCGGUCGACAGAUACUAUGCCAUUGUGCGUCCCCUGGAGUAUCCAUUGAACAUGACGCACAAAACAGUGUGCUUCAUGCUGGCCAACGUCUGGAUCCUGCCCGCCCUCAUCUCGUUCACGCCCAUCUUCCUGGGCUGGUACACCACCGAGGAGCACCUGCGGGAGGUGUCCCUGCACCCCGACCAGUGCUCCUUUGUGGUCAACAAGGCCUACGCCCUCAUCUCCAGCUCUGUGAGCUUCUGGAUACCCGGCAUCGUGAUGCUCGUGAUGUACUGGCGCAUUUUCAAGGAGGCGGUACGCCAACGGAAGGCCCUCAGCCGCACCAGCUCCAACAUCCUUCUGAACAGCGUCCACAUGGGCCACACCCAGCAGCCGACCAACCUGAGCUAUCUGCAUCCCAGCGACUGCGAUUUGAAUGCGGCGUCCACGCGGGAGGAGACGCACAGCGCCCUUAGCAACCUGGAGGACAUGUUGCAACCAGCCACGGACGAGGACGACGACAGGGACGAGUGCGAUGAACUGCGGGUGCCGUCGCCACCGCCGAGGCGCCUCAGCCGUAGCAGCAUCGAUCUGCGGGACCUGGAGCAGGAGCGCUACGAGAAGGUCACCCACACCGACAGUGCCCCUUCAAUGAUGGCACUGCAGCAGCAGCAGCCGGGGCACACGCACAACCAGUUGCAGCCGCCAGCGCCAGUGUUCAACCCUCAGAUUUGGACAGAGUCCAUUCCGGGUGGCAAAACAGUUCCCCCAUCAACCACUGAGUCGGAUAAGAAGCCACAUCCGGGGGCGCCCCAACAGCAACACAGCCUAACAAGCGGCAGUGGCAACAGCGAGCCGGAGCCAGAGUCCACGGCAUACCGGGUGUUUGGCCUGAACAGUGACGAGAGCGAAGGCAACGACGUCUACGACACCCACCUGCCUCUGGCCGAGGACAACAAGGAGCUGAAGCGCCUGAUCGAGGAUAAUUACCUCUACUUCAAGCGCCAAACGGGGGGAACUAUUCUGAGUGGUCCGGGAGGUGGCAAGUACGCUGCCCUGAGCGAAACGGACUUCAUACGCUUAAAGGCAGGUGCAGCGGCCUGCGGGCGGAAGGCCUUCGCCUCCAGUGACUCGGAGUUCCUGAAGACCAUAAGCGAGUCCCGGGCCACAACAGGACAACAAGAACUGCCAGUGGGAAAGAGCGAAAAGGGCUUCAAUAUCCUCUCUCUGCUGACGAAAACCAAGCGCACCAGUUCCGAGUGCUUUGCUCUGGAACGCAAGCGCCAGCAGACCAACUCCGAGGGGUCCAGCUUCUUCCGGCGGGCCCGCAACCGGAAGCUGUCGCACAGCUACAACGGGUGCGGGGGCGGUGGAAAGGAACGCAAACUUGAGCGACGCCAUCGGCAGCACAGCGACACGGAUUCCACACCGAACAAGCCGGACAUCCUGUUGGACAUCAAUGUCCUGAGCGAGCAGAGCGUCGGGGGCGGCAGCGUGAUCCAGCAGUUCAGCGAUGGCGUUCAACUGAUCGAUUUCAGCGACAUUACUGCACCCCAUCCGGUGUCUACCGGGGACGACGAGCUUGCCCAACUGGCGGACUGUUUCGGCGAGUCCCCGCAGCAGCCAGCCACCCCGCCGCCGUCUCUUUCGCCGCCGGAGCUGCCAGAGCCAAAUGGCCUGCUUAUUGCAAGCAGCUCGGAACUGGCGGAGAUCUUUCGGUCGCUAAGCUUCCCGCUGGGACGACCAGCCGGGGCCCCCCAGCGGCUAAGCACGCUGAGCGACCAGGUGUGCCCCAACUAUCUGAUGUCCCCACCGAACACGCCAGCCCCAGCCCUGCCGCCCGCGAAUUCGCCCUGCAGUGCCAUGGGAAUGGACUCAUCUAAUGCUCAGUCGGCGUCCAUCAAUGUGUACUUCCUGUCGCCGCCACCGCAUGCCGCUGGUCCGGGCUACACGCCCAGUGACACCUCCACCGUGUCCCUGGAUGUGGUCACCACGCUGCCGGUGCCCCAGCCCCCGAGUCCCCAGGUGCCGCAGCAGCUGCAGCUGCCCCUGAAUAUAUCACCCAAACCGGAGAUCAUACUCGAUUCCACGCUGUCACCCAUGGAAACGGGCAGCGACAAGGACGUCACGUCGCCGCUGUUCAAGCGCAAAGAUAGCGCCGGUGAAGCGGACGUGAGCGUUUCCGGCGGAGGUGGAGGCCUCCACGGAGGCGGAGGAGGUGGCAAGCAGCGCUGCAGCAUCCUGACCGGCUACGAUGGCAUCCAAACUGUACGCAAACGACAGGCCUCCGUGGUGACCUACGACGUGAAUGUCAUCAACUUUUCGCAGGAGAACAGCGAUAGUCGCAGCUAUAUCCCCAUGGGUCGCGUGUCCACCAGUUCAGCAAAGCCCGAGUUUUCCAAUAAAUCCUCGCUGAUCCGACGCGGCGGCAUCUGCAUCUUUGUGGAUGAGGAGGAGGCGGAGAUCAUUGAGCAACGGCCGCGAGGCAUCACCUUCGCCCCGGUGCCCAGUCCGCUGCCCAAGUGCCCGCUCUGCGGCGCCGACAUCAGCACCACCACCGUCAAUGCGAACGCCGGCACCACAACCAACGGCACCACUGACACCACCGCCACCGGCACAGCCACCACCGCCACUGCAAGUAGUAAACGUAGUAGUCACGCGCCAGAUCCAGCUCCAGAUCUUGGCCAGGGGUCCACUCCUAGCUUCUGGCACAAACGUACAGCGGCGGUCACGGCAUGUUGGCAGCAGAGCAAGAACCGGAAGCGCCGCUUCAAGACCGGAUGCAGUCACUGCGGUGCAACCGGCGGCUCCGUCCGACCGGCGAAAGGAUGGAAGGCCGAGCACAAGGCCGCCCGCACCCUGGGCAUCAUCAUGGGCGUCUUUCUGCUCUGCUGGCUGCCCUUCUUCCUGUGGUAUGUCAUCACUUCGCUGUGCGGACCUGCCUGCCCCUGCCCCGAUGUUCUGGUGGUGGUGCUCUUCUGGAUCGGCUACUUCAACUCCACCCUGAAUCCGCUUAUCUAUGCCUACUUUAAUCGGGAUUUUCGCGAGGCGUUCCGCAACACCCUGGAGUGUGUGCUGCCCUGUCUGGAGAAACGCAAUCCCUACAACGCCUACUACGUCUAGACCGGACUCCGGAUGUGGAACAAUGCCCCCACAAGUGAUAUUUAAUACUUGAGUGAAUCGAUAUACCAAAUCACAAAUAGAACAAAACAUAAUGAAAACAAUGAAAGGGAAAAACAAGAUAAGUUCAUGCAGGCAUCUAGCUAGCAAAAUCCUUCGAGCUAAGCAAUACUCAGUGUGUGUUUAUGUAUACGUGUAACUUUUCAUUUAAGCAACGAUAGGGAAUUUAAACUAAAGUGGUGUUCUGAGCCCCAAAAAAAAGAGGAUAUUGGAACAAUAAAACACUGCUCCGGAUCUAUACUAUUCAAUAUAUAAGUGUUGUUUGUCCAAUUAAACAGUCGAUAUACGUAAAAAUAUACAUAUGAAAAAAGUAAACCCCAAUUAAAAAACAACAUAUUUCAUAUUCAAGAAACUGGUCAAAAGAAUUGUAAGAUAAAUGAAAACUUUC